GUGCCGCGCCGGACAGGUUUCCAAUGGGGUCCGUCCCUGCUGCCGACCGUCCCUUCCGCUUCCGGGUCCUUUGGCAGCACUUCCGCGGGGAGUGGGACGGAGACGCGAUCCCGGAAGAGAGAAGGGGAAGUGGGAGCCGGGCGGGGCGAGACCAGGCCGGGACCUGCCUGGCUGAAUGAACGGGACCCGGCAGCGCCGGAGCUGCGAGAUGGUGCAGCCAAGCGGGGGCCCAGGUGGUGACUGCGGAGCCCUGGGCGAGGACUCAUCCCUUGGCAAGGUGGCGGCCUGGCAGCUGCCCUCUGACCUGGCCGGGCACGAGGCAUUGCAGCGCUUCCUGGCCGAGAACCAGGACCUGAAGGAGGCCAUUCGGCAGAGUAACCAGAUGCUGCGGCAGCGCUACCAGGAGUUCCUGCGCUUCCAGGCCACACAGCGUGAGGAGAAGGAGUUCCUGAUGCUCCGUUUCCGGGAGGCCCGGGAUGUGGUGGAGAAGCUGAAUGCUGAGCGGACCGAGAUGAAGUGCCAACUGGAGCAGGCCCUCUGGGAGGUGGAGCAGCUCAAGGGAAGGCAGCAGCCGAGCGCCUUGGAGAAGGAGAUCCCUGAGCCAGAGGAGGCAGACACUAUGACCCUGACCCAGGAGUUGACUGAGCCUCUGAUGGCCCCUGGCCCAGAGACCCUGCAGCUGCUGAAGGAGCAGCUGGAGCAGCUCCAGGAGGCCAACCGGGCCCUGCAGGCCCAGAUCCAGCAGCAGGUGCAGCCCCCAGGAGAGGCUGGUGUGAGGGUCAAGGAGAAUGGGGUCCAGCUGGAGAGGCCGGUGGAGCAGGAGGCCCUGCAGGGCGGCGGGGACAGCGGACCCAGCAGCAGGCGGGACGCAGCCGAGCUGCUGCAGAGGAGGCUGAAGGAGACAGAGGAGGAGAGAGUGGGGCUGAAGCAGCAGCUGGCAUUGGUGCGGGAGGAGAUGGCCAAGCUGGGAACCAGGGCACAGGAGGCUGAGCAGCAGGCUGAGCAGCAGCUUCAGGCCCUGAGGAAACAGCUGGAGCAGCUGACGGAGGACAGUGCCUCAGUGAAAGCCCAGGUGACCUCACUGCUGGGGGAGUUAAAGGAGAGCCAGAGCCGGCUGGAGGCCUGUAUACUGGAGAAACGGGAUCUGGAGGAGAAAGCACAGGCUGCUGCCGAGCGGUGCUGCAGGCUGGAGCGGGAGGCUGAGGCGCUGCACAAGCAGCACAGCGUGCAGAUGGACCAGCUGCGCAUGCAGGCCCAGAACCUGGAGACGGCGCUGCGGGUGGAGAGACAGGGCGCCACCGAGGAGAAGAGGAAGCUGGCCCAGCUGCAGGCAGCCUAUCACCAGCUCUUUCAGGAUUACGAUGGGCACGUGAAAUCCAGCCUAGAGAGCGAGAAGAGGAGCCAGGGCAUGGAGCUGCACCUGGAGGAGCUGCAGCAGCAGCUGCAGCAGGCUGAGGAGGCACUGGUGGCCAAGCAGGAGCUGAUUGACAAGCUGAAGGAGGACAUGGAGCAGCACAAGGCUAUGCUGGAGACCAUCCCUGUGCUGAAGGCCCAGGCCGAUAUCUACAAGGCGGAUUUCCUAGCAGAGCGCGAGGCCCGGGAGAAGCUGCAUGAGCAGCGUGAGGAUCUGAAGGAGCAGUUUGAGCAGCUACGGCGGGACUACGACAAGCUGAAGGCAGAUGCUAAUGGAGCCACCUGGACUCUGAUGGAGGAGAUGAGGAACCGCCAUUCAGAGGGGCGCCCACCUGUACCCCAACCAGUUUACAACAUGGCUCCAGUACCUUUCCAACCCCUGCCAGCUGCAGGGCGCAGGCGAAGUAUCCACGAGGAGCAGCCGGAUUUCUGCUGUCCUAAGUGCCAGUACCAAGCUCCGGACAUGGAUACCCUGCAGAUCCAUGUGAUGGACUGUAUCAAGUGAUGCCCAUGAAGGAAGAGGAGGCUGGGUGCGAGGGGGGGUGCCUGGCCUGCUCCACUCCUUGCUUUCCCCCCAUGGCACUUGCUGUUCUGAGACACAAUGCUGCAAACUAGGUUCACAGCUGUCUUGGCCAGUUGGAAUGGACAGUGGGUACCAUGGGGGAGGAUGGGGGUCUGCACCAUUGUCUCUGCCUUACGUGAAACUGAAUGUACCUGAUCUGCUAAUUCAGGGAUUUGACAAUCUGUAGAGACUGACAGAUUAGUGGUGGGGAGCAGGGGUGCUGAAAGCUACUGAACCAAACUUUAAACCCUGUAUAUAAUGGAAACCCCUUCAAGCUGGGCAGCACCUGGGGGAGGGGCAAAGAGGGGUGGAAGGAACAUUUCACUGUUCAUCUCCCUUUUAAGCACCUUAUUGCUAACCCUGCAGCAUUUGCAGUGUGUGGUGAAGACAGAUUCUCUUGCUCAGUUUCAGGCUGUCACAGCAUCUCUGCUUUCCUUCUGCACGGUGCACUGGUUAUUUAACAUUAUGGUCUGGGUGCUGCCUUAAUGUAAAUUCUAUUGAAACUUAAUGCAGAGGGAGGAGAGUUGAGUGUUUAUGGAUAUUGCUGUAUUAAGCCCCCUUCCUGGUGUUGCUAAAGCAUCCACAACAUGGAGAAUCUUCCCCUUUUCUAAAUACCUGGUAUUUUCUUUUUGUUACAGUGCUUAUAUACUAAGCUAGAUUCACACAAUCACCAGGUCUGCCUUCCUCUACCAUGGAAUAACAGAGAUAUCCAAAACACAAGAGCUGGCACUAAUGGGGUGGGGGGGAAAGACAAGAUGGCAAAGAAAAUUAAAUGUUGAUUAAUCGCAAGGGCAGCUGUUCUACACACACACCGUGUGUAGCAAGCACUAUGCUUUCUAAGGAGCAUUUGUUUUCAUUUCUGGAUCAUCUGGCAACUGUGCCCCCUUCAGGGCUGGCUCCAGGGGUUUUGCCACCCCAAGCAGCCCCCCCCCCAAAAAGCUGCAAUUGUGAUCUGUGGCAAUUCAGCAGGAGCUCCGAGCGGGAGUGAGGGACCCUCUGCUGAAUUGCCGCCAAAUAGCGGGAUGUGCCGCCCCUCUGCAGCGUGGCCACCCCAAGCACGUGCUUGUUAAGCUGGUGCCUGGAGCUGGCCCUGGCCCCCUUACUGUUUAAGCACCAGAGCAGGGCAGACACUAGGGGGUCUGGGUCACUUGUGUCAAUCCUUAAUCCAGUGCUAUUCAAGUCUUGUGAGAUAGUGAAUAAGCUGCCACUGUGCUCCAUCGACACACAUCGUUGAGGCCUGAGUGGGAGUUCUGCGGUCAGUUCUGGCAGAAACUUUCCUCAGUAUAAUUGCUCUCUCUGAAAAGCUUAUGAACACUGGUCACUUUUGGAAGUACUUUUUUUUUAAAACUAACCUUAAAAAAGUAAAAUUAGGAAGCUACCAACUGGUGGAGUCUUAUGUCUAACAUGUUUAUAAACUAACAAACAAUCCUAUAGAUUAGCAAAAAAAAAAAAAAGUACUGCCUAGACUGAGUGUAGCCUCAUGUUGCGUGCUUGCAAGCUUAUGGCGUUAGGCGAGUUCAGAUAGAGGAUACUUGGCUCACCAAAAAAAGUACUAAGCAUUGUCUCAUGCACAGCCCUUUUUCAAGGCGCUUUGCAGCAGUUAUGUCUCAUGCCCUAAUGAAACCACACCUGGACUCAGAGCUUGGCAAGUUGACUCUCCCUGGAGCAGCAAGUCUGGCCAGUGGCGGGGGUUUUCCCUGCUCUGCACGAGGGGCCCAGCCAGGCCCCGGGGGGGUGGGGUUUAAUAUUACAUAAUGGGAAAUCAAGGCCACUGGGAGUGACUAGCUGACCAUUGGUACAUUGCAGACCAAUCAGGAACCUCACUUUACUUCGCUUAUGGCUCAUUGGCUGAGGUGCAUGGGGCAGGAGCCCAGUGGGUGCUUCUAUUAGCAGCCCCCUGCAGCCCAAGGCUGAGCCUUAUCUGGUGUCACUCUGUGUUGUCCAUCCCCCACCCCCACUGGACCCUGAGUGGAAGGACCUAGGCCCCCCCACAUACAGCUUACAUAGACCAUCAAAGGCCACCCCCCCCCCCAAAUUUCUGAAGCAUAAAGAGUGUAAGUGAAUCCUACCAUAGCACUCCCUACCCCUCCAGUAAGUGUCCUCCUCCUUUAAAGUGACAGAGCCACAUUCUCCCCAGCCCCCCCCUUUGAGCACAGUCUCUUUCUCCAGUUGCAGUUAUCGCUAGGGAGAUUUAAAUAAAAAGUCUGGUUUGUACAUUGAUGUUUAAAAGCCAGGCCCAUUCAGCAAAGCACAUCACCAUGCAAGUGGCCUCUGGGGUCACAGUGCCAGGGACCCUGCUGUUCCAAUCUGAUCAGGGGCAUGGAAUGGUUUCCAUAUGAGGAGAAAGAACAGGAGUACUUGUGGCACCAUAGAGACUGACAAAUUUAU